CUGGCUGCUGGAACUCUGAAAACAACAACACGCACUCGGGACUGAGGGAUGCUGCUGGGACCCAGCGGAUGAUGCGCCCCGCGCUCCGCAGGAGUCACCGCCAUUACAUCAUCUUCCCCCGCUCCAGAGCCGUUUAAUCACCGUCUCUAACUGGGAUCCCGGCCGUUUGGAUCGAGCACCGGGGAUUUAUGAAACGCACAACGAUGGCGUUUCAAUGAAAGCAGUGGAGGGGAGGGGGAGAGCAGGAGAGACGUGCACCGUCAUCAGCAUCUGUCCGCCAGCUCCCUUUGUUUUCACCGGAGAACGUGAAUGGCGAGAGAUGACAUGGCAGAGGUAGACUUGCCAUCAAACGGAGCGGAGCCCCCCGGUGAAGCCUCCCCGGCGUUCCCCUAUGAGGAGUACGAAUGUAAAAUCUGUUACAAUUACUUCGACCUUGACCGGCGGGCUCCGAAGAUCUUGGAGUGUUUGCACACGUUCUGCGAGGAGUGCCUGAACACGCUUCACCUCCGGGAGGAGCGGCCAUGGCGCGUCAGCUGCCCAGUGUGUCGCCACCGGACGCCUGUCCCGGACUACCGGAUCCAGAACCUGCCCAACAACACCAAGGUGACGGAGGAUUUCCCGCUCUACAUCGACUCGGACCCCUUGCCGCAGGACGCCCUGCCGCCGUACCCUCCGCCUCUGCACCCGGCUCUGGUCGCUCUCCGCCGUGAGGAGGCGUCGGGCGCGAGCCAGGCGACCCCUUCCACCACGGUGUCCACGGCCACUACCCUCUCUCAGGACUCGGUGCGCUACGACAGCUGUCAGAGCUGCAAGAGGGUGGCGCUGACCACCGGCUGCGUGUGCGUGAUUUUCUCGUUCCUGUCCAUGCUGGUGCUGCUGUUCAUGGGCCUGAUUUUUGUGCACAGCCACAGCAUCCCCCCUUCUCCGGCCGGACCCAUCUGUUUGUCUGUCGCCAGUAUCCUGGCCAUGUUCUCGGUGGUCGUCACGUGGCUCAUCUGCUGGCUCAAAUACAGACCUGACCACGAGACAGGCCGCGCGUCCGCUACCAGUAACUCCAGGAGGAACGCCUGAUUGGCUGCUGGCUCUGAUGUACCAGGGCUGUGUGUAUGUCUGUGUUUGUGAGACCAUGUACAUAGCAGCCUCCUGGCAACUGAUUUUUUUUCUUUCUCCCUUUUCUUUUCUUUUUAUAGGGGAUAUGGCCUUUUAUCAGUAUAGCAAACACCCAAAGGCCUUCAUGUUGUUUGGAGCAAUAUAGGCCACUUUGAUCCUUGAAAAUGCUUUUCCUGAACUUAUGCACUGGACUUUGAGGUGGUAGCUGACUGGAAGUGUUGCUGCUUGAACUUCUUACUUUGAUGAGAUUUUUGGGGUGUAUUUGGUUUGAUAAAAAAACAUGAAGUACUUAGAUUUGGGCUUGGUACCCUUCCCGUCACUGUCUAGCUAUAUAAUAUGCAUUUACCCCCACUAUGCCACUCACUGUAUGAUAACUGUCCACAGUGAUUCAGUCACAUCUCAGAAAUACCUGCCAGUGUUAUUGUACAGAUACGCUCACUUUUGGGGUUUUGGUUGAAAGGGUUUGGUUUUGAUGGAUGCUUACUGUGUGUUUAUGUGGUAAAUCUUUAAAUCGGAUCUCAGCUAAGCUGCAUCCACAAUGGAAUCAUGUAAAUAGGUCAGAGGUAUGGACAACUGCUGCAGGAUGUUUGACGUGAUCAGCCUUUUUUUAGAGACCUUCCUUUGUGCUUUACCUUUAUCUUGCAGGAUGGUACUGUUUUUACUGCCCACUUCUUCCAAGCAAAGGAAUAUGAAGCGACAACUUGUGAUUUUGAACCCGUGUUUUGCUACUUUAGUGCAUGUGAGGUCAUUCUAUUUCUUUCUUUACUUUAUAAUGAAAGAGACAAGUUGUCGCUUGACUUUUGUGCCUCACCGUGUUUCUAAAUGAAGUUAAACUUCACUGCUUUCAGAGUCAGACAGCGUCUAAGCUCGGGUGUAAAUGGGGAUUCCCUCAUCUGCUCUCAUCUGUUGCUCACACGCUGGAAGUUAAAGACAGGAUUUUCCAACGUAUAGCACCUUUUUGUAUGUUAGAAUAAUGUAAAAGCUCUCUUCUUUUUCUCCAAAGCCAUAAUUUAGAAUUGUGUCACCUUUACAGGUGCAGUGAGCCGGUUUUGAAUUGGCUCACUCCCCAUUAGGUCUGGAAGUCAAUUAGCUAUACUCAAACAACAGACUGUUAGAAUACAACUGAUAACUUUUGGCUCAACAGGUUUAAUUUUUGUGGUUACAAAAGACUCUUCAAUUUGUUAAAUUGCGGCUUUAAAUGAUAGAAUUGAUUUCUUUGAAUUUGUCUGAAAACAAAAAGAUUUGCCAACGUGAUCCUUAUGUCUGUGCUAGCUAGGAGAUUUUUUGACCACCCCAGCUAAGACCAGCCUUUUGUUGACAAUGCCUGCCUCAAGGUUAGAAAGCUCAGCUUACAAGUUGGACUUUAUCAUCAGCAUAAUCAUAGUAGCUGAAAUAAAAAAAAGCUCUGAACUUUUAAAAAAUUGAUGGUUUGUGUUAUAAAUAUUUAUCCAUAACACAGAUCAUAUUAUCAUAGCAGCCACUUUGUUCUGUAUUAAGGGAGCCUAAUCACAGACACUGUUAAAAUUGGCUCUUAAAAUUAAUUGAACAAUUUGUAAACAAUUUGUGUAAUAGAGUAUUUCUGAGUAGAAAUCAUCUAAGUCCUACUGCUAAAAAAACUACUUCCAAACAUGUUCUAAAAUCUACAGUUAAAUUUGAUUAAUUGUAACUAAUUGCUUAGAUUGUUUUGCUCUUCUGGUUUGUCCACCUUGCUAACAAGGAACCACAAAUAAUACUUUUUUUUAUUUAGGCAUAAAAUGGUAAUAAACAUUUUGAAUCCAUUGUCUCAAUGUGAUAUAUAAAGCAAAUUUUCUCUAAUUUGCAUUGUAUCCUCAGGAUUAGAAACUCAGCUUUAUCAUUCAGCUAAAUGAGCUGCAGUUACCUGCAGUGAUUUUUUAAAAACUGGUUAAAUUGAACUUGAUUGUCUAAAUCUAAAUGAAUAUUUCUGAGUAGACGUCACGUGGAUUGAAAAUGUAGUCGAUCCACUAAAUGAGUUGUGUCCUAACCAGUUACAUAAUUUUGCUCCCCUUUUUUGUUCUCCAGUUUUAAAAAGAAGCUUACAAACAAAUAAAUUGGAUUAUGAAAUCGAAUCGGACUUAUUUUAGCUGGACAUUCAAAGCUUUACAUGAAUCAGAAUCCAUGUCUCACUUAUGCAUUCACAUUAAUAUAAUUUUGACACAUUAACAUAAGAUUCAGGCAUAAAAUGUUACUGAAGUAGUGAUACAUUUUAAAUGAACACUUUGUAUAUUGUAAAUGAUGUGGUUUUUACUUACAAUCACACCUCAUUGUGUCACUCAUUGGCAAAAACUGCCUCAAGAAGUUCAUCUUGCUAGCUAACUUAGCUUUAGCAGUAGCACUGUGGCUGACCUAAUUUAGCUGGAUGCAAUCUUUAAUUCUUGCUCCAACACAAAAACCACCAGUCUUAUUGCAGUUUUUAACAUUUAAUUGACAACACAAUUUGUAAUACCCUUCCAGAUAGGUAUCUUCUAGAUACUGAACCAGAUGAAGAAGAGUUAGCUUACCCAACAUAUUUAGUAAGAUUGAGUUUAAAAUGACUAUGUAGGCUUUGCUACCAAAAUAAAGUAGAUAAUAUUAUCAUUUUGCUAUUAUCGUCCAUUACAUUUACAAACUAAUUUCCUUGAUUAAACUAUAACUAUAUAUUACAUAAAAUGUAAUAGCUAAUACCGUCCCAAAACAUUUUUAUAGUGAAUGUGGCUGAGUUUAGGUAAAUGGAGAAGGACGACGGAUGUUGAAAGCUGGUAGGUAACUAUAAAAACACCAUGCAGGUGGUGAAAUGAAAAUAUUUCCACCUUAAAUGUUUGCAUGCUGGAAUACACUUUGAGUCUUCAUGGAAUACAACAGAAUCAGGAUCAGACAGUGUAUUAUGAUGGAAGUAGGCUAAACUGGAGGGUGUUAUUUUUGUGAUUGUACAAUUCUGAUGCUUCAUAAUCUAAAUCGAAAUGUCAACAUGAACUGUAUUAAUGUAAAACUGAGAAAUAGUGAGACUAACAUGUUUUUCUCUGAGCCGUUCUGUUUGAAAGUAUUCCUGGCUGCAGUGGAGGAGGGAAACAGCAAAGCCAGUUUCCCAUGGUUAUUGAUGGUUAUUGAGCUAGAGCCCUGCCAAACCUAUUGCUUCAAUCAGCCUGCUCGACCUUUCCCCAACAAGUACGAUGCACUUUCACCCUCUUAUUUUACACAAGUAAUGGGGUAAAAACCUUUGACCAAUGUAAGCAUAAUGUAUUUAUUUCUGAGGACCUAGAAAACGUUUUCAGUUUUUAUGAGAGUCUGUGGUUGUCGUUCAAGUUCCAAAUGUAUUUGCACAGAGACAUGUUCUUUAUGUGCUGAUUUACAUGCAUAAACACAUUUCAGUAAUAAA